AUGUACUUGGCUAAUGCUUCAGAUGCAACUCGUUGCAAAGCUUUCUCGACAACACUGACCAAGACAGUGAUAAAAUGGUUUGAUAGUCUGCCACCCAAAUCUGUGACCUACUUCAAUGACCUCACAAGAAAGUUUCUCACUCGGUUCUCCAUCCAAAAAGAUAAAGUAAAGCACACCCCUAGCCUCCUGGGAGUCAAGCAAGAGGUCGGAGAAACUCUCCGAGCUUAUAUGAAAAAAUUCAACAAAGCCUGCUUGGAAGUCCAGAACCUACCCACAGAAGCAAUAAUAAUAGGGCUAGUCAAUAGCCUCAGAGAAGGACCUUUCUCCCAGUUCAUAUCAAAGAGGCACCCGACCUCUCUGAACGAGGUACAAGAGCGAGAAGAAAAGUACAUCAAUAUAGAGGAAAAUGCCCAACUAAGAGAACUUGCUCUCAGACAAAAUCAUCCUUAUCAAGUUUGGGACAAAGAGAAAGAAGCAAAGAAAAAGGAUGAGUACAGCUCGGACAAGCCUCGAAGGUACCAUAACUACACCCCCUUGCGAGUUUCUCUUGUCGACAUCUACAGGGAGAUCUACCAUACUGAAAAACUUUUACCUCCUCGCCCCAUCAAAAACAAGAAAGGCAGAAGCCGGACAGGAUAUUACGAAUAUCAUAAGAUAUAUUGGCAUUCCACCAAUGACUGUUACGACUUGAAAAAUGUAAUAGAAAAAUUGGUCAAAGAAGGUCAGUUAGAAAGGUACCUGGUAGAAAGAUUUGACAAUCAGGGAAAAAGAAAAAGAAAAAGAGAAGAGGAAGACAGAAGUCGACGAGAUCGGCCAACACGAACUCCUGGCAAACACAUCUACAUGAUAGUUGGAGGAUUUGCGGGAGGUGGAGUAACCAAGUCUUUCCACAAAAGGUAUUUGAAAAAAGUCUAUCAAGUUGGAGAAGAGGAUGAAGUCCCCGACUUGCCUACUAUUUUCUUCACAAAGGAAGAUGCACAAGGGAUGACACUGGGGCAUGAUCCCAUUGUAAUCACAAUAAUACUUGCCAAUACAAAUCUCCACGGGACUUUGGUAGACCAAGAAAGCUCGGCCAACAUCUUGUUUAAGCUUGCCUUUGACAAGUUGGGAUUGGAAGAAAAAGAGUUAAGAGCAUACCCUGACACUCUUUUCGAGAUAGGAGACACACCCAUACGACCUUUUGGUUUCACUCUGUCACACACCACUUUUAGUAAAGGAAUAAAAUCUCAAACUUUGAGUAUAGACUAUAUUGUAGUUGACGUAGUCUUAGCUUACAAUGCCUUGAUAGGUCAGACGACGUUGAACCAACUUUUCGCAUUCGUCUCUACUCCUCAUCUCUGCAUAAAGUUUUCGACUUCAGAGGGAAUAGCCACUAUAAGAGGAGAUCAAAAAAUGGCAAGGAGGUGUCAUAAUGAAAGUUUGAACAUGCGCAGAUGUACAAAAGGAAAAGAAGUCAAUACUAUUGAACUCGUAGGUGUCCGAACACAAGAAGAGUUGAGACCACAACCCGAUGGAAAAAUAAAAGAAGUGCAAAUCGAAAACCAAGAUGGAAAAACUACAAACAUAGGAGCCAACUUGGACGAUGAAUUGAAGGCAGAUCUUGUCAAGCUCCUACAAAAGAACUCCGAUCUCUUUGCAUGGAAGGCUUCUGAUAUCCCCAGGAUACAUUCCGACCUCAUGAAUCAUAAGCUCGCUGUCUAUCCAGGCUCAUGA